AUGCUGCUGGUCAAGUCUGCAGUGCCGCUCAAUCACGAGGCCAACCCUGUCGUCACCACAUCCAUCUCCUCCAUCGACAACAACGGCGCCGUCGUCACGUCCACCUUCAACAUCAGCGUCGCUGACAUCAACGAGCCGCCCACAGACGUGGUCGUGCACGCCAUCAACGACACGUCGCAGCAGCUGCUGCAGCAGUUCCUUGUGCCAGAGCAGCCAGCACAUGCCACAACAGCAGCGCAGCCGUGGCUGGUGGGCGCCGUGCGCGUGCUGGAUCCGGACACGGCCGACGCCACCGCAGACCCGCAUCCGUUUGUGUUUGACGUGUCCCCAGCCGGUAUUGCCUACAUUGAGAACCAGCAGCUGUUUGUCGACCGGUCGGCACUCGAUUUUGAGUCGCAGUCGUCCUUCGUCAUCAUUAACGUCACCGCGCGCGAUGCCCGCGACAGCUCCCUUGCCGUGUCACACCAGUUCACGCUGCUCGUGCAAGACUUGAACGAGUCGCCCUCAUCUGUCGUCCCCAACGGCGUGUCCUUCCAUCUCCGAGCAUGCGCUCCCGGGCACCGUGGCCGGCUCGCUCACCCGGGCGCGACGCUGAACUACGAGGUGCGGUCCGUGUUCGUUGUCACCGUCACCGCGACGGACCAAGGCGGCCUCUCCGCCACAUCGCAGAUCCUCGUGUCUGUGCAGGACAGGAACGACGCCCCGACAACGCCCACCAUCACCAGCAACAGGCUUCCCGAGAACACGACGGCGCUUCCGUUCGUCGUCGGCACGCUGCAGGCCACGGAUGAGGACGCGAGCCAGAUGCUCCAGUUUGCGAUUGACAGCAUCGAUCCGCCACACGUCGCGCCCGUGUUUGCGCUAGACGGUGCAGCACUCGUUUACGACAACACAGACAGCCCGGACGUUGUCGUGAGCCACGAGACGACGCCGACCAUUGCCUUCACCAUCACCGUGCAGGACUCGGGCGGCCCUGGGGACAACGACCCACCGCUCAGCACAACGACGGACAUUGUUGUUCGCGUGGUCGACAGCAACGACGCGCCACAGGGCUUGGUGCUCAUCAACGCAACAGCGGCCGUCCCGGAGAACGCAGUGGCCGGCACCUUCGUUGGCACGCUCGCGGUCACGGGCGAGGACAUGGGCGAGACCAUCACGUUUGAGAUUCUGCUUGGCGGUGAAUUCCUGGCCGUCGCCACCCCGCAGCCCACCGCCUGCUCCGGUGGUGCUGGCCUGUGCACUGCGGAUGUUCCACCGUACUUGCUGGAGCUCAGCACGAGCUCUGUUGCGGAGAACACGCCACCAGGCAUCCCCAUCGCUACCAUCGUUGCGUUUGAUGAGGACAGGAGCGGUGACGAGCACACGUGCCAGCUGCUCUUUGGCGGCGACAGCGCCUUGCUCUCCUUGUUGCCGCCCAACACACUCACCGUGGCCGCGGGUAUGACCGUCAACUUCGAGGAGCGCGCCUCGCUCACGUUUGCUGUGUGGUGCAGCGACGUCAACGACGGCACCGUGUUCGCGACAGCCAACCUCACCCUCGAUGUGGUGGACGUGCAGGAGCCACCCACGGCCGUCGUGUUUGCUGCGUCUGAGCCUGUGCCGGAGGUUCGCUCGCAGGCGAUUGUCCUUGGCACGCUGAGCACGAUUGACGAGGACGCGCAGGACAGCACCAUCUUUGUGCUCUCGGACAAUGACGGCGGGCGCCUGACCAUUGCGCAGACCAACGAGGUGGUCAUCUUGGCAGACGCACCACUCGACUUCGAAACACAGCCCGCCCGCACCUUCAACGUCACCGCAGUCGACCUCUCCGGCAUCCCUGUCUCCCGCCAGUUCACUUAUGAGGUUGCAGAUGUGAACGAGCCACCAACAGCACCCACCAUUACCCCAACUCUUGGAAACGGCGGUGACAAUAGCAGCGAUGUCACAAUCAUCCCCGUGCCCGAAACGACGGCUGUUGGAACCGUGAUUGCCACGCUCGCAUCCACAGACCCAGAAGGCACGCCCGUCAGCUUCGUUGUUGGCGGCCAAGACAGCGCGUUCGUAGCUGUGGACGGCGCCUCCAUCGUGCUCGCCACUCCCGUUAACUUUGAGGGAGGCAGCAGCAGCAGCAGCGACGCCAGGUUGUUCUUCUGGGCACGAGCCAGCGACGGCGUGAACGACUCGCCCACCACGCACGCUGGCAUCGCCAUUGGUGACGUGAACGAGGCCCCAUCGUCCAUUGUGGUGUCACCCACACGCGUGCCGGAGAAUGCGCUGCCGGGCGCGGUCACCCUGAGCGUCACCAUCACUGACCCAGACGAAGAUGACAGUGUCGUCAUCACCGGCAUUGCAACCGAUCCUGCCAACAUUAACAUCACCAUUCAGACGCAGCCGUCGUGUGUCAGCGUUUCACCACAGGAAGGCAACAACGGCACGCUUGCUGCUGGGUACACGGAGUGCAGUGGCGCUGUGCUGUCGCUGAACCAGCCCUUCAACUACGAGCAGCUUCCCUCCUUCGUGCUCACCUUGCACGCAGCCGUGCCUGCACUGUGA